AUGCGUAAAGCAAUAUCAUCAAGGGAUAGACUUUCUGUUACUCUUCGAUACUUGGCAACUGGUAAUACCUUCAAAGAUCUGAGCUACUCCACACGCAUUGCUCCCAAUACUAUUUCUAGCAUUGUACGCUCUACUUUGGCGGCAAUUAUCCAAAUUCUAGGACCUAGAGUAAUCAAUCUCCCAUCAACAGCGGAUGAAUGGGAACUAGUUGGUCAUAAAUUUGAAAUGUUAUGGAAUUUCCCUCAUUGUAUUGGCUCAUUGGAUGGAAAGCAUAUAAUUUUCGUCUGCUAG